AUGGCUAAGAACGAGAGCGGCGAAGCUGUACCGGAAGAAGAUCAUAAGACCGAAACCCUUGGAACCUUGAAAAUAAUGGUCAGUGCCGGAACUGAAGAGAUCAAUAAAUCUCAUAAACGAAAAUUCGAUGAAAUCACUGAAAAGCUCCCAGUAAUUGAAGAAUCGGUGGCGAAAAUAUUGAAAACUAAUGAAGACGAGAAGGAUGGGAGUGUCAUUUAUGGAGAAUCUUCUGUUGAUGAUGGAACUGUCUCAGGACUCCGUCAUUCGGCAGGUAUGUAUGAUGCGCCCAUGGUUACUAGGAAGUGUGAGGAGUAUUUAUCAAAGGAAUGGCAGAAGAGUUUAGUACAGAAUUUGAAGUCGGCGCUUCGAUGGAAUAUGGAAGAUCUGAUGAACGCCGACCUCUCUGGUGUUACUGAAGUGUCCGAUAUUGAAGCUAUUAUGGAGGCCAAUCAUCCUGAAGUAGACGUAUCAACUGUUGAGGCUCUUCUCCAAAAGAUCUCCAUUGAUUUUUCGAAAGAAUAA